GCACUCUAUUCAUCUCAGGAACAAUCAAAAGAAAUGCGGAUAGGAGCAUGAAUUAAGUUCGAGAAGAUAUUUUCUCAUGAAUUCUUGUGUACCGCUUUUUUUCUUCUUCACGCGAUCAUCUCCGUAUCUCAUAUAGCAUAUCCAUUAUGUCAAACGUUGAAGUGCACUCCGUAUCCUCCAAAGCUGGCGAAGAUGAAAAGGAGAAAAAUCAACAGUUCUCAACAGAAUUCGCAGAUGCAACAGUCGUAGAAGAUCUUGCUGCUUUGCCUCAAGGAACGUAUGAUGCCGUAUAUGAAGCAAAAGCAAAAGUGUUGAACCGCGCCAUCCAAGAGAUUGGAAUGGGACGCUAUCAAUGGCAAUUGUUUGUCGUUGUAGGAUUUGGAUGGGCAAGUGAUAAUUUAUGGCCGAUUGUGACUUCUUUGAUUUUCACCUCCGUCGUAAACGAAUUCAAACCAGAUCAUGGUCCAUUCUUGACACUUGCGCAGAAUAUUGGCUUGCUUUUUGGAGCCUGCUUCUGGGGCUUUGGUGCAGAUAUCUUUGGCCGUAGAUGGGCAUUCAAUCUCACAAUCGGUAUCACCGGCCUGUGGGGAAUGGUGGCCGCCUCUGCUCCAAAUUUUGCCGCAAUCGGUGUCUUUGCCGCUUUAUGGUCUGUGGGAGUAGGUGGAAAUUUGCCUGUCGAUAGUGCAAUCUUUAUCGAAUGGUUACCUGCCAGCCAUCAAUACCUCUUGACGAUCUUGUCAAUCAAAUGGGCUUUAGCACAAAUCGUGGCUAAUUUGAUUGCUUGGCCACUGUUGGGCAACCUGUCUUGUCAGGAAGAUGCUGUGACUUGCACAAGAAGCGAGAACAUGGGAUGGCGAUACUUCUUGAUCACGAUUGGUGGAAUUUCAAUCAUCAUGUUCACAAUCCGUUUCGUGUUCUUCACCAUCUAUGAAUCACCAAAGUACUUGAUGAGCAGAGGACGUGAUGCAGAUGCAGUCAAAGUCGUACACGAAGUUGCACGUCGAAAUGGAAAGACAUCAAGUUUGACGCUAGAGGACUUGUCCAAAUUUGACGAAAGUGCAACAAUCAGCUCGCAUGUAGAAGAGGCUUAUACGACCAAACAAAUCAUUGCAAGAUCGUUAAAGGAGAUCAACUUUUCCCACAUUCGAGCAUUGUUUGUAACAAAAAAGAUGGCUUUAUCCACUUCCCUCAUCGUUGCUAUUUGGGCAUUCAUCGGUUUGGGAUUUCCGUUGUACAAUGCAUUCGUUCCCUACAUUCAAGCCACCCGCAAUGCUCAAUUUGACGAAGGAUCAACUUAUUUGACGUACCGCAAUUCGCUCAUCAUUUCCGUUCUAGGGGUUCCUGGCUGUAUUGCUGGAGCCUUAUUGUCUGAACUGCCCAAAUUCGGACGAAAAGGAACAUUGGCCCUGUCGACAAUUAUGACCGGUGUUUUUCUGUUUGCCUCCACAACUGCUACCAACUCUGCCGCUUUAUUGGGAUGGCAAUGUGCAUACAACUUCAUGAGUACGACCAUGUAUGCAAUCUUGUAUGCUUAUACACCUGAAAUCUUUCCAACGAAAGAUCGUGGAACGGGUAAUGCGCUAACAGCAUCGGCAAAUCGAAUCUUUGGAGUCAUGGCACCUAUUAUUGCAACCUAUGCAGAUUUGAAGACGAGUGCACCUGUUUAUGUUAGUGGUGCACUUUUCCUUGCGAGCGGAUUGAUUGCCAUCAUUUUGCCGUUCGAGUCAAGAGGCACAGCAGCACUCUGAUCAAUCUUCUAACGAAUUUAUUUGUAGAGUUAUCUUUAUGUCAUAUUAUAGUACAUAUAACCCCUUUCCAUGGUGACCA